CGGGGCUGUCAGCUGGAAGUCUUCUACUAUCCCGACCGGCAGCAAUAACGCUGAAAAUGAAGUCCGCCACAUGAGUGGGAGCUUUCAGGUAGUUUUCAAGUCACCGCAGCUGCCGAAGAGGCUGAGAAGGAGGCGCUGUCCCAGUCUCCUGAACCACGUAAGAGGGGGACACGCUGGGAAGGGCUUCAGGAUGACCGAGGGUCCGAGGAAGCGCAGCGGAAGCGGGGCCAGUCAGUCAGAGCCCCCAGACUCCAAGUCGGAAGUGGGGAAGGAUGCAGGAGGAAGCUCCGGGGUGGCUUUGAAAAAGCAGAUUGGCCUAGGCAGCGCAUGUGGCAUCAUAAUCGGCAACAUCAUCGGAUCAGGGAUUUUUGUGAGUCCUAAGGGGGUCCUGGAGAACUCUAGCUCAGUGGGUGUGGCCAUCAUUGUGUGGGUUACCACUGGAAUUAUCACAGCCAUUGGUGCUCUCUGCUAUGCUGAGUUGGGCGUGACCAUCCCCAAGUCAGGGGGAGACUACUCCUAUGUCAAAGAUAUCUUUGGAGGACUGGCUGGCUUUCUGCGUCUGUGGAUUGCGGUGUUGGUCAUCUACCCCACUAACCAGGCUGUGAUUGCUCUCACCUUCUCAAACUACAUCUUGCAGCCCCUCUUCCCCUCCUGCCUCCCCCCAGAGAAUGGCCUACGCCUGAUGGCCGCUGUCUGCCUGCUGUUGCUGACGUGGGUGAACUGCCAUAGUGUGCGCUGGGCCACAUGUGUCCAAGAUGUCUUCACCGCUGGCAAGCUUUUGGCCUUGGGCCUCAUCAUAAUCAUGGGUGUCGUCCAAAUAUGCAAAGGUCACUAUUACUGGUUGGAGCCAGCACACUCCUUUGAGACCUUCCAAGACUAUGAUGUUGGUCUGAUAGCUCUGUCCUUCCUACAAGGCUCCUUUGCUUACGGAGGCUGGAACUUCCUCAACUAUGUCACAGAGGAGUUGGUUGACCCAUACAGGAAUCUACCACGCGCAAUCUUCAUCUCUAUCCCUGUGGUCACCUUUGUUUACGUGUUUGCCAAUGUGGCCUACAUCACAGCCAUGAGCCCACAGGAGCUGCUGGCCUCAAAUGCAGUGGCAGUGACAUUUGGAGAGAAAUUGCUAGGAGUAAUGUCAUGGAUCAUGCCUAUCUCUGUGGCGCUCUCCACCUUCGGGGGGGUCAAUGGCUCCCUCUUCACGUCGUCGCGGCUGUUUUUCGCCGGAGCGAGGGAAGGCCAUCUCCCACGUCUGCUGGCCAUGAUUCACGUCACACGCUGCACUCCUAUCCCAGCCUUAGCGUUCACUUUGAUCUCCACUCUGCUGAUGUUGUUCACCAGUGACAUUUACACCCUCAUAAACUACGUGGGAUUCAUCAACUACCUCUUCUAUGGCGUCACUGUCGCCGGGCAGAUUGUGCUGCGCGUCAAAGAGCCCGACAUGUAUCGGCCCAUCAAGGUGAGCCUGGUAUGGCCAGUGAUCUACCUGCUGUUCUGGGCCUUCCUGCUGGUCUUUUCCCUCUACUCUGAGCCAGUGGUCUGCGGUAUUGGCCUGGCCAUUAUGAUGACAGGUGUCCCUGUAUAUUUCCUGGGAGUCUACUGGGAAAACAAGCCACAGUGUUUUGAUAUUGUGAUUGGUAAAAUGACUCAUAUGUGCCAAAAGCUCUGUUUGGUGGUCUACCCAGUCUUCGAGGAGAACCUGGAACCUAAUGGGCCUCAAAAGAAAGAUGGAGAUGGGGAAGAUGGAAAAAGCUCUCAAAUGGCUAAUUGAAUUGCAUAAACAUGCAUUGACAUUGCCUCACACUUCUGCUCAGUGAAGACACCCAGAAAGAUAAGCAUUCAUAUUCACUUGUUCUACAACACUGGACUUUCUUGCUCUGUUUUUGACUGGCCUUAAUCCUGACCACAAUUGUUUCAGUGUAUGUUCUGGGAACAGGUGUUUGAGAUGAAAUAUUACUUACUUGAAAGUCUGUCUUUUUUUCCACAUUAGAAUUUAAACCUUUUGUCCUUUUCCUGUAUUGUACUGUUUGUUUGUUAUUCUAGGAGGCAGUGGAAAAAUAUUUUAACAUGCAAGUUGUAUGUAUUGUUCAAGCUCUGUGUGUUUUUUGUUUGUUUGUUUUUCUAUUAUCACCUUACUGUAUUAACACUAAAAUGAAAAUUUCAAGAUGGUUUAAUGGUUUUUAUUCUCAUCUCAACAUCUUAAUGUGCCAAAUUGUAUUUAUAACACAAUGUAAUUUCUUUUUGUUCCUGGCAGUAUGUGAUUGUGAUCAGGACAGUGAUAUUUUGAAAUGUAACUUUUUUUUUUUUUUUUUUCAAUUACAUUUCAACAAGCAACUUUUCCUUUGGACACCAAGGCGCACUACCACAGGCGGGACUGGCCACAGCGGUCAGAGUUCUCUGUAGGGAGAAACAAGGGAGCUCAACUGGGAGCCACUGGUGGCCCCUCAGAAGGUGAUGCCACCACUGCUCAUCAUAUUUGGCCUUAUGAAACAGUUUGUCAGAGCUUUACCUUCAAGUCUUCUUCCCUGAGGUGUUCAUUUGGAUUCAAUACAUAUUAAUUUGCAUAUA